CAAGAUUAUCCGUAACUACAUUCCCACUGUUCAAGACUAUUGAUAAUACCAGAAAACUGCUACAAGGACCGGCAAGUUUCAAAUAUGGCCUCUUCAACAGGCUUGCAUAUGGAUAGUACUCUAGAGGCCGAAGAUGUGAGAAACCUUCUUGCCAGAGAGUACCAGUUGGAGAUGUUGCAUGAGUCUCUAAGACAAAAUAUCAUCGUCGUGACUCCAACCGGUACGGGGAAGACGCAAAUAGCUAUCUUACGCAUCCUUGCAGAAAUCGAUAAAGGAGAUCGAGAGAAGUUCUGCUGGAUACUCUGUCCAACUGUGGCCCUCUGUGAACAGCAUGUCCAAACGAUGAGAACCCGUCUCCCGCCCACGUGGUGCAGAUCCUUCACAGGUGGUGAUAAAGUCGAUCACUGGAAGUCAAAAGAAAUAUGGGAAGAUGCCUUAUCAGGAGUACGAGUAGCAAUAUCAACUUACCAAGUCUUGUACGAUGCUUUACAGCAUGCUUAUCUUAAUAUCCAUCAGUUGUCCUUGCUUAUAUUUGAUGAAGCGCAUCACUGUGUCAAAUCCAAUGCUGCUAACAGAAUCAUGCGUGAGUUCUAUCACAAGCGAGUCAAUAAAAGUGUGUCAUGUGGGCCGUACAUACUAGGCUUAACUGCUUCUCCAAUUCUAUCAGAAUUAUCUUGUCUUGAGGUCGUUGAAAAAAAUCUAGAUAGUAUAUGCAGAACGCCUCGCCGUCAUUACGGGCAGCUAUUGCAAUUUGCAAACAAGCCAAUGGUUUUGCCGCGUCAGCCGCCGCCCAGUCCAGUUAAUCGUCAUAACAAAUCUAUAGUACUUAUAAGUUUGUCUCAGCUGCUAAAGGCGCAUGAGGGUAUCGAUUAUCAGGAGAAGAUAGAUGCCAAAAGACUGAAUGAGAUCACACGGUUUCUAAAGUGCGCGGAGGCACUCAACCACGAGCUUGGAAGUUGGCCUGCGACAAAUUACAUGCUCCAAUCAAUCUCAUAUUUCAAGAGUCGCAUGCGAAUGCACGCGGAGAAAAGCACUCGUUAUCAUCCUGGGAAAGAAUAUGCAAUGGAAAUUUUUUGUCAAUUAGGGAAUCUGGAAGCUUUCAGCUCCGAGAUACGACCAGAGGAUGUUUCACCGAACUGCAUGUGCUUGCUAACCGCACUUCAAGAGGAGUACAGCAAGGAAUUCCGGGGUCUAAUCUUCGUGACUCAGCGAGCAACUGUCUUAGCUAUGAAAUGGCUAAUAGAGACUCAUCCUCUUGUCCGUGAUUUAUUCCGCUGCGGAACGUUUAUUGGCAUGUCGACAGCGCAGCCGAGUAAGACAGAACUUGGGAACCUACACGAGAUAAAUUCUCAAAGUGAGACACUGCACAGAUUCCAUGAAGGGUCGCUAAACCUUAUUAUAACCACAGACGCCUUGGAAGAGGGGAUUGAUAUACCGGAUUGCAAUACUGUGUUUAACUUCAACUGUCAUCUGAGCCUGAAAUCUUACAUUCAACGUCGAGGGCGUGCGCGCAAGAAGCACGCUAAGUUCAUUGUUAUUGCAGAAGAUGAGGCUCUUGUACAGACUUUGAAGCAACUUGAACAGCAAGAAAAUGAGCUAGCACAAACACUCCAGGAAGAACGGUUGAUUUCAGCACACGUCAUGGAUACUGAGAACCUCGCCCGGGAUGCUUUACACUUUUACAUUGAAACAACCGGUGCUAAAUUGACCAUGCCGGAAGCAAUCAGGCAUUUGUUCCACUUUUGCUCGAACCUACCAGCCCAGCCACACGUAAGCAAUAAACCUAUAUUUAGAUUUGAGACCCUCAGCUCGGGUCAGAUUCGAGGUUUUGUCAUGUUGCCCAAUAGCAUGGAUCCUUCCCUUCACCAGUUCACCAGCUCGUGUACUUGGUUGAAGAGAAAGCAUGCAAAAGAGGAUGCGGCACUGCAAGCCUACAAGGCCCUGUUCGAUGCUGGGCUGGUGAAUGAUCAUCUUGUACCAACGACCAGCCAUGAGAUUCUCGACAUGGGUGUAUUAGCUCAGUCUCAUUACACUAUUCAAGGACAGCUGAAUCCUUGGCAUGAACUUGGACGCUUGUGGAGCUCUAAUCAAACAUUAUACUCCCAUGAACUACGAAUCAAGCGGUCUGAAGGGAUUGAAAGCCGAGUAUUCAUUAUUCUCUCGAGUUGCAUCACUGAAACAAUUAGCAUCCCUCUCUUUGAAGAUUCGGAAACAUCUUUUACCGCACUGGUGUCUUCAGGCCAUCCGGUUUCUAUCGACAUUUCACUAUGUCAAAAAGUCACAGAACUGAUUAUGCAGUCAGUACACCGCAAUCGUGCUAGUGGUGAUUGCAUGAAUUUCCCGUUUGGUCUUGUGCCAGAAGAACGAGAGAGCCUGUUGGUGGAGUUUCUUGAGAGCUAUUCGGGGACAACCAGCCUGGCACAACAACUGUCUAAGAAUCACCAUCCUAACAUUUGGGGAUUGUUACGAAAAUCUGAGAGGCACUCUCGCCCUCAAAAACUCGAGUCCUGGGACCAACACACCUUCAAAUCAUCCGAUAGUUCAGAAGCAUCCACAGAGGUGAAAGCCAAGAUCAAACCCUUGACACGGCGCCGUAACUUUCUCCAAAGCCCCUCCGCCACUCAUAGGGCUUCAACCAUCCCUGCAACUGAAAUUAGACGAACUCCUGAAAUGCAGAAUUUGUUUAUUGAGGAGCUUUCCGUUGACAAGCUUCCGUCUCGUUUCGCCGAAGUCGCCCUCCUGGUUCCAAGCAUAUUUCAUGAGAUCGGAAUGCACUGGAGCGCCCGAACCCUCCAGAGACAUAUAUACUCCAAGUUCGAGAUGACCCAGCAGGGUAUUCAGCUGUUAAAAACUGCCAUAGAUCCAUUGAAUAUUGAAGAUAGGUCCACUUUUCGCCGUCUGGUCUUCAUUGGUGACAUGAUCAUGAACUUCCUAAUCUCAAGACAAUUGUUCCUGCAUCAAACAUUAUGGCACGAAGGACUUCUGUCUCAAUCAAAACAUUCAAUUGUGUCUGAUCAACAGCUUGCACGUACUGUCUCUCGAACUGGUCUCGACAAAUUUCUUGUAACGACGUGUUUCAAUGGAAGGAAAUGGGUUCUUCGGAUGUUAUCAAUGUCCCUGGCUGAUGCUGAACCUUCGCCGCCGAGACAGGUUGGGAUAGCCUUAUUGGCAGCUUUGGCCAAAGCCCUUGCUGGCUCCGCCUUUCUGGCUAAUGGAUUGGAGCAAGCUGCUACAUACUUAGCAGUCAUAGUCCCGAGGAUAAAAACCUGGAAUGUGUCCUCAUUGUAUGACGGAGUCUAUUUGAAUUCGAGGAGAUCAUGUUCAACCGCGACAGCCAUGGACGGUUUGGAGCAACUGCUUGAAUACAGAUUUACGGAUAAAAGCCUUGCUGUUGAGGCCAUGACACAUCCCUCAUACAUUGGGAUAUCAGCGACUUCAUCGUAUGGACGCCUCUCAUUCCUCGGGGCUAGUGUUCUAGACUGGAUAAUUGUCAGCAGUUUGAUACAUACAAAUGUGGCAUCAAAUACCAAGAGGCUACAGUCCGUUCGAGCGGCACUCCUGAACAACACCUUUCUGACUUUCAUUUGCCUCAUGUUUUAUACAGAGGGGAUAAAAAGUGAUAUUCAAGUCGACGAUAACCACAAUGCCCGCACAAUCACGAGGACAUACUCAAUUCACCUCUGGCAUUUCUUACGGUCAAAUAGCAACGCACUUUCGGAGCAAAUAUCUACUUUAGUGCAUAGGUCUUCGAAAAAGGUGGACCUUAUCAGCCAGGAUCUGUGGGGGCUGGGACCAUACCCCUGGGCACGAUUGUCCGACCUGGGUAAUAUUGAAGCAUUAUCCAGCAUAAUCCAGAGUAUCUUCGGAGCCAUUUACAUUGACUCUAAAGCCACCGAAGAGGCGUGUAUGGGAUUCGCAGAAAGGCUGAAUAUCUUGCCUCUUCUACGGCACCUCACUUCACGUCAAAUUGAGACAGAUCAUCCUAAGGAUGCACUGCAAGUUCUUCUCUCAGGACACAAGAUCUCAUACGACAUCCACCGGAAUGAAGAGAUACCCAUGGCUUUAAGAUGUCGGCUAUUGGUGGACGGGUCGGAAGUCAUGAUUGUAGAGGGGCAAAUGAAUCGCGACGCAAUCACAACGCUUGCUGCUGAGAAAGCUAUUCACUUGGUCAGUGCGGGUUCGAUCUUCUAGAAAAAUUCCCAAGUCUAUCAACAUCAUGAAGCUGAUAUAGUGGUUAUAUGAGCGCUUGCUUUAGGUCGGAGGUUUCAUUGGCCUUGGGUCUUGAGAUUGAAAGCCACUACUGAUCGGACCGCACUCACAGCGCCACCUCAGCGUAGUCUUGAUAUAUCGCGG